AUGAAUAAAGAUGAUGCAUCCAUUAUGGAAUUAUUUCUUACUGGUGCCAACAUAAAUCAUAAAAUCUGUUGGAUCUCUGCUAUACAGUUGUUAAUAAGAGGAUCAACUAAAUCAACUUACAAUAAUAAUACCACACCAUAUUCCGAACAUCAUCAACAUGAAAUCAAUGUACAUCGACAUGAUUGUUUACAAAAGAAUGCAUCAUGUAAUAUGAAUGAUAUUUGUUUGAAUUCGAAUAUACUAGGUAGUUGUAGUCCAACAGAAACUAUAGCUGCCGGCUCGAAUUCUGGCUCCAUUGGUAUUCGUAUUGGACAUCAUACAUUAACAAAUAAUGAAUUGAAUCAAAAUCUACGCACAAACAUCUAUUCAUCAUCACAUCAUUCGAAUUGUAUUCAUUCAGAUUGUAAUGUUAAAAAACUUAAUGAAACAGUACCAUUAUUAACUGGUAGUAGUCAUUGUAAUUGUGGUGUAUCAAUUGAUACGUCUACAGCAUCGGCACCAAUGAAUUGGAUAUCGAAUAUGACAGCAUUUAAUAUUGGUGUAUCUAGUGGCGUUGAUCCUGAUGGUAAUAAUUCUAUGAAAUUAAUUAAUGAUUGUCAAGAAAAUAGUAAAAAUUGGCGAAAUGAUUUGAAUUGUGCUGAUAUGCAUGAACUGAAUAUGGAGUCAAUGAAUGGAAAUAUUAAUAAUACAUCACGUGAUAUGACAUUAUCCUACCUUGGGUCAACUGUUCAAAACCCGAUUAAUUGUCAUACACCCUACUGUCAACAACAUCAACAGCUACAAAAUAUGAGCGGUAAUCGUAGUCCAUUUAAACUUACUGGACCUGUAAUUAAUCCACCUAAUUUACAAAUGACCUGUUGUACAAAUGCUAAUAAUAAUGUUCAUUUAAAUUUUAAUCAUUCACGUGAUUUUCGAAAUAAUCAAUUGAUGACUAAAAUGAUUGGUGAUAAUGUAUGUACCGGUGGAGGAAGUGGUAGUCUUACAGAUGAAGUGACUGCAUCUUCACCAGGAAGUAGUGCCAAUGGACGUACUCAUGGUUAUUUAAAUCAAAUCUGUUCUUCACCAACAAGUACAAGUUUAAAUUUUAAAAAAUACAAUAGAAUUAUUGGCAAAUAUGAAAAUGAAGAAGAUAUUAACAAUGAAUUAAAUAUACAUCAAGAUACAAAUUUUGUAAAUUAUAGGAAUAAACAUGAUGGACAUGGAACACAUCAAAAAUUAACUGUAAAUACUUCAAUGGAUCAACAAAGUCUAUCACCAUUACCUCCAAGAAAAUACACUAACAAUAACAAUAAUAAUAAUAAUAAAAAUCAAAUUCUAUCCGAAAAUCAAAGUGAAAAAUGUCAAACACUUGGAACCGGCAUAUCAAAUCGAAAUAAUGCUCUAAGUUCUGAUUAUGCUUCACAACAAAGUAGCUUAAGUAACAAAUCCAGUGGUUCAAGUGCAACAAAUCAUGGUUUUUCACCGGAAAAACAUAUAAACUAUACAAAUAAAGUUAAAAUGAUCGAUGUAAAUACAAAUGUACAUAAUGUCGGUGCAUCCUUUGUAUUAGAUCGUGUACCGACACCAGAACCACAACAUCGUACAGGCGGGGCAUUUGCAAGAUUAAUGCAAUAUAAUUUAUCAGAUCAACAACCUUUGAAUCGUUUACAAGUACACGGUUUCACUGAAGAUGAUUAUCUUCUACCUGGGAAAAUAGAAAUGAAAAAUAAAAUUUUACAAUCACCAACAAUUAUGAGAAGACCAACAAUCACAGCAACAACCAUAACAACAACCACAAUAAAACCAUCGAAUACACUUCCUCCAAACACUCUCAGUUUAAGUACAGCACAGAAUACAUUUUCAACGAAGCCGAAUUAUAGUUUAGAACUGAAUAAACAUGAUCGAACACCUGAUACACCAGAUAGUAUUUCUGAACAAGAAAUGAUGAGAGGAUUUAGUACAGAAGAAUUAAAUCAAGAAAUGGCUAAUUUAGAAGGAUUAAUGAAGAAUUUAUCAGAAAUUACACAGAAUGAAUUCACAUGUUAA